UACACAAAAACCGGAGUUGUCUGCGAAGUCUCUAUCUCCGUCCUCGACAUGUGCUCUGCGCAUCGUCCAUCUGCGGUUUUCCCGCUUCUUUUCAGUUUACUUUUCAUCGUGAUCUUCGAUCAUUCCUUUGCAGCGUUAUCACCUGACAUGCCUAAUGUUUGUUCUUAUAAUGUGAUGUCUAUGGUCAAAGUUAGAAAACCAUGUCUUCGAGCUUACACUAAAAUCGAAAGAAUACGCAAACCCAAUUGCCCAUACACGGACAGCUGGUGCACAGACUACAAACCAAGAACGAUAUAUUAUACUGGAUACACGCACAAACUUGAACCCCGGUAUCAUACCAUAUACAAAUGCUGUUCGGGAUGUUUUCCUCUAGACAAAAAGGGAUGCAUCUACGAUGAAUGCAGCGGUCCAGCGACCAACUUUCCCGCUUGUGACGAAGAAUUACCAUCUACUGUUACUCAUUGUGUGUGUGAUGUUGGGCGACAGGGUACCAGAAUGGGAAAAUAUUCUCUUUGCAAUAAAAGUAAGAAGUGA